AUGACAACUACAUCUCCAUCUCCAACAAAACAACAAACUCAACAAGAUACUACUCCUGUCUUAGACGAAGAUCGUGUCAACACUGUUGGUUGGUUCUUUAUUCAAUCCUAUUAUGAUUUCUUCGUUAAUACCAUUGACAAUAUUCACAAGAUUUAUCACCCCCAAGCUUCUGUCACUCACGAUUCAUUCCCAUCAGAAAACGAUUCUCCAACUGUCCAAAAAGCAAAGGGUGUAGAAGCUAUUAAGGCUCGCUUUAGUUCCGAUGAAAAUUUAAAGAAAACUAAUAGAAUUGUAAUUACAAAUGCUAGCUUUCAAGCAAGUUUAAACAAAAACAUCUUGAUUGUUGCAUUUGGUGAAUGGUCUCAAGGUGAUUCUUCUUAUCAUCAAUUUACCCAAACUUUCCUUUUAACUCCAGGUGCCAAGGAAAACACUUUUGAUGUUGCCAAUGAUAUUUUGAAGUUUGUUGCCUCUAAUGGCUUUAAAGAACAAGCUCCUUCAGAACCCAAGGCCGCUCCAGUCACCGAAGAACCAGCCUCAGUUGUGACCACAUCAGCCUCGGGUGAUGAGGAAAGUUCAAAGGUAAAUACUGAUUCAAUUCAACUGGCUCCAACUGUCACUGAUGAAAGUGCCGUAUCGGAAGUUGCUCCUUCUACUGCAGAAGCAACACCACUGACUUCAGUCGAAAUUGAUGCUUCCGCUGACGAGACCGCUCCAACUAGCGACGACAAAGAUUCUAAAGCAGAUCAAGCUACAGAUGAGGAUAAAGCCAAGGCACAAGAAGAAGCUCAAGAAGAAUCCCAAGUCGAGACUGAACAACUUGUUGAAGAUACGGAGCCAGAAAAAGAAAAGGAACCAGCUCCUGCAAAGGCCAAAUCUCCAUCUGUUCCCCAACAACCAAUGUCUUGGGCUGAUUUAGCUUCACAAGCGGCAGCCCAAGCAACUAAGUCAAAAGUCUCACCUGUGGCCAAAGCUAUCCCAGUUAAGAAGGCAAAUGUUGCUGUUUCUCCAUCCGGGUCAACUAGUGGCACCAAUGGUAAAUUCAAGAAAGAAGACUGGUUCCCUAUAUAUAUUCGUGGAAUUAGACAACUUGAUGAAAAGAAUUUGAAGGAACAUUUGUCAAAACAUUUUGGGGACCUUAAGUUCUUUAAAGUAAAUCUGAAUAUCGCUUUAUGUGAUUUUGUCCAUCAAGAAGCUCAAAAGAAAGCACUUGAAGCCAAGGAAACUACCCUUGACGGCGUAACUUUCCAAUUGGAACCAAGAGAAUCUAAAACCGGGAACAACUAUCACAAUACAGGUGCAAAGAAGUUUCAAGGUAAAGAUGCAAGAAAGGAUAUAACUGAUGUAAAACGUAACCGGACUGACAAGAAGGUUAAUGGGUCUAAAAAAAUUAAGAAUGAAAGUAAAUAG